UCCACAUACCCUACACGCUCUUUCAAAGACGCCCCGCUCGCGCUCACUCAAUCUCCGAGUGCUAUAUGAUCACAAACUUUUCUCCAAUCCUGGCGAUGUGUCAAGCUCUUUAGAUAUUCAAAACAACGUUAUACGUCAUCUGCGAAGGUGGAACAUGUAGUGUUCCAAUAUUUAUAAAGCGCAGUGCGAACCAUACAUUGUGGAGGAAAACGUUUGGAGUUUCUCGCUGCUGUCAGCGACUUGGUUCUACAUUUAAGACGAGGUAAGACGAGAGAAAAGAAGCACGCGUCAGAGUUUGCACAGUAGCACGUGGAUGUUUGGAAAUGUUCCUUCUGGAGCUCAGUCACUUGUCAGCGCUGCUCACAGCGCUCAUGUCUGUGCUCUCCGCCCUGAUCCUGCUUGCCGUCUCCAGGCAACUGUGGACUUUCAGGUGGACCAUUAUGCGGGACAAGGAGUGCAAGUUCCCGCUACCCAAUGGGUCCAUGGGCUGGCCGCUGGUGGGAGAAACUUUCCACUGGCUCUUUCAGGGAUCCAACUUCCACAUCUCCAGGAGAGAGAAGCAUGGCAACGUUUUUAAAACUCACCUUUUAGGAAAGCCUGUUAUCAGGGUAACUGGUGCAGAAAACAUCCGUAAAAUCUUGCUAGGAGAACACAACUUGGUCUGCACGCAGUGGCCCCAGAGCACCCGCAUUAUCCUGGGACCAAACACCCUGGUCAACUCUAUCGGAGAGCUGCACAAGAAGAAGAGAAAAAUCUUAGCAAAAGUGUUUAGCCGCGGGGCCUUGGAGACUUACCUACCCCGCUUGCAAGAUAUUGUCAAGUCUGAAAUUGCAAAGUGGUGCUCGGAGCCUGGCUCAGUGGAUGUUUACGUCGCAGCCAAAUCUCUCACAUUUCGCAUUGCAGUCAGAGUCUUGUUGGGACUGAAGAUGGAGGAAAAACGCAUAGUAUACCUUUCUAAGAUCUUUGAGCAACUCAUGAACAACCUCUUCUCAUUACCAAUUGACGCACCUAUGAGUGGCCUCCGCAAAGGAAUUAAAGCCAGGGAAAUCCUACAUACGUGCAUGCAGAAAAUCAUAGAGGAGAAAAUGCAGAAACAACAGUCUGAGGAGUACUAUGACGCUUUCGAUUACAUGUUGAGCAGUGCCAAGGAAAACGGACAUGAACUGAGCAUGCAGGAGUUGAAGGAAACCGCGGUGGAGUUAAUAUUUGCUGCUCACUCAACUACGGCCAGUGCUUCCACUUCGCUUAUUCUUCAGCUGCUGCGGCACCCCGCUGUGGUGGAGAAAGCCCAGAUAGAGCUGGAGUCAGAGGGUCUCGGCUACGACGCACACAGCGCCCACAGCUGCUCCAGCAAAGAAAAUGGUCCGAAAUGUCCUCUUGCGGUCGAACAAGGGGAACAUCGGCCUCUAGACGCAGAGGCCACCCCCUUGAUGAAUGGGAACCGGACUUUUCAUUGCGCACCGGAUGAAAACGAAGAGGCACCGUGUUCUCGGUCUCAUAUUCCUUGCUUAACUAUGGAGAAACUGAGCCAGCUCCGUUACAUUGACUGUGUCGUCAAGGAGGUGCUGCGAUUUCUCCCGCCAGUAUCUGGAGGAUACAGGACGGUGCUGCAAACAUUCGAAUUGGACGGCUACCAGAUUCCUAAAGGAUGGAGUGUGAUGUACAGCAUCCGAGACACACAUGAGACAGCUGCAGUGUUCCAGAGCCCUGAGAUCUUCGACCCAGACCGCUUCGGUUCCGGGCGUGAAGAGAGCAAGACUGGGCGCUUUAAUUACGUUCCAUUUGGUGGCGGAAUAAGGAGUUGUGUCGGAAAGGAACUUGCCCAAAUGAUAUUAAAAACCCUGGCCGUUGAGGUGAUUGGCACGUGCAAAUGGACCCUCGCCACGGAUACAUUCCCCAAGAUGCAGACGGUGCCAAUAGUCCAUCCCGUCAAUGGACUGCAUGUGCAUUUCAAUUACGAUAGCCUACUCCGAUAGAGUUUAGAUAAGUAAUUGGGUUAUUAAAGACAUUAAGCUCGUGAACUUUUCGCAAUUACAAUAUUAAGUUAUUAAAUCAGAAUACAUAGUCAAGAAACCUUUCCUCUUCGUUCCGAAUAUCGUGGAAAUGGUAAAAACAUGGUGGUCAUUGAAGAGUGGAAGCAAGGCAUGGUGCCAGUGACCUUCGAUGACCUGCUUAUCGCCAAGAUCGCCUUUUUUCACCCACUGGGAAAGGUGACGGGAAACUUUUGCUAUUGUUCACGGACAUCCGGGCGCUCACUUUAUAACAUAGCAAAUCGAAAGAUGAUAUAUAAUUUUUAAGCACCCUAAUGCAAUAUAUAAUGGAGGAGUAGGGCUUUCUUCUCAGAACAAACAUUAUCUGUGCUCAGGAUGUGCGUCUAUUAAUGUCCGUCUAUAAUGCGAAACUGUCUUACAGAUCUUGCACUUGGUCUCCGCGAAAAACAUUUAGAAAUACCUUCAAAAUGUAUGUGUUUAUGUGCAGUAGGCCUAUGUGAGUAGAUAUAAAUGAGAUGUAGGCCAACAUAUAGGCCAACAGUAGGCUAUGUGUGUGUAUAAAGUUAUGUGUGUAUACAAUGAAGCAGUACAAAUAAGAUUUAUUUAUAGAACAUUUCGGCUAAGUCUGUGUUAAGAUGGAAUAAUUAUGAAUAGACCUAGUGAUUUAGAUAUCAUAAGACAUUAACUAAUGUAAAGCUUAGACCGUUAAAACAAAACCAUAUAGGCCUAGAGCUUUUAUUCGAUUAUUUAGAGGCUAUACAUCGACAUGCAAUUAUAUAACGUUACCUAGAGAAUAUAACCAAUUAUUAUUAUUAUUAUUAUUACAUGUGUCAUCUUUAUAAAUAAUCGCUUGUUGAUUUUGAAGCAUGAUGGAAGCGCUGUGAAAUGACUCAGUUAAUUAAGAUGGAUUCAUGGAAGGAGAUAGCACUUUUUCUCCUUUACGGAGUGUGUAUAUACAGUAUUUGUCCUAUUGAUUCAAUAUGUGUAUUUUUUUGUGUAUUGCUCGUAUUAUCUAUAGAACGAUGUAAAGAUUAAAUUGCAAAAAGGUGUAUUUUUGCCAUUGGAUAGGAAAUUCUACCAUGACAAAAUGUGCAAUUGUUGCCAUCAUGUUAACCACAAUGAAUAGAUUCCCGUUCUAUUAAAAGAAAAAUAUGAACUUGUUCAUAGAUAAAAUAGUUAAGGUUAAGGUUUUAAUCAUAUGACAUUUGAAAGUGUGCCAGUAUUAUCACAGUAUAAGCCUAUUCAAUCUUUCAUGCCAUAUUGUAUGUUUUUAAUUGGAUAUGCCGAAAUAUAGUCAAUUGUUAGCGUAAAGUGUAAAGUCUUAUUCUUAAUUGGGUCUGUUUUCGAUCACCAACUCAUAACAUUAAAUUCCAUAACCAAA